AUGAAUAGCGUAUCGUGCCAGAUCGACAGGCUUUUGCAGGUACUCAGCAGGUUGGACCUUCAACACACGCUGCCUCAUGAUGAGGCUCACCAACUGCUGCUGUCGCUGGCCAAUACGACAGCCAUUGUCCGCAGGGCAGUAGAAUGGCAGAAGCGCGGGCAAGCAAAUGAAUGUCUCCGUCCCCUGGGAGCAGACGACGCAGAAGAUAAAGAGAACCAGAGUACUCCGUUAGAUCAUAGAAAGGGGGAACAGCAGUUGAGGGGAGGAGCCGAUUUGGUUACGAGGGCACCGGCAUCGCCAGCGACGGAACAUGUGAUGGGGGACCCCAUUGCUGAUUGGAAGCGGGAGACGAUCAGCAGCAUUGCCAAAUGCAGCGAUGUGCCCGUGGAGGAACUCCGCAGUUACAACCCAAAACUAUCUGUUUAUGCCGAUGAUGAGAUUUUGCCGGCAAAUACAUAUAUUAGAAUUAAAAAAAGCCCAAGUACGCAACGUGCGGUAGAGGACGAAGAGGUGGCAGCAAUGUAUCAGCGCGGUGAGGAGGUUUUCCUCGGGAUAGACGACGUUGGUGUUACAGAGUGUCCGUUACCGCUUGCCCCGCUGCCAAGCACUCAGGGGGAGAGUUCUCGCAGUGUGGGAGUGGCUGGCUUAUCCGAACCGCGAGAUGAAAGCAACCCGCGAAGUGUUGUGGGGGCGAGAGGUGGUAGCAACACACGAGGGUCAAUGAUGAUGCUGCCUUCGCCAUCGCCUGUUCGCUACAGCGCCCCUUUCAGAGAGCAGAGCAUUGGAACAGAUUGCGAUGAAUGGGAGGGACGGCAAGUUGAGCCCCCAGAAUCUAGAGGGUUAAUGCCUGUCGCCACAGGAGUGGGUGCUGCAACAGACGCGUUUCGCCGCAGCGGCUCGUAUUCGCAUGCAGGUUACUCACCUGCAUCGCCGAUGCUUGCGGCGCGUGGAUCCCUUGGAGAAGCCGGUGAAAUACACGGACAGGGCAAGACGUGCUGGCUUGAAAACGCGAUUGCUGUAACCGGAUUGUCCUCCGUCGUUGUUCCACCGUCGCUUCUCUCUCAAGUCAAGGCGAGCAUGCCUCCACUUGCAAAUUUCCCUCCCGCACCGACUGUAGACGAGACCGGUAUCAUUAAUGAUGUACAGAGCAACGACCGUUCAUCAUCUUCGGAUGCACCAAACCUAAUUGAUGAUACUGUUCCUCAGUGUGAGCCAAAGGUUGAUACUUCCGCCUCCGGUGGGGCUCUGGAACCAGCACAACAAUGUGAAAGCGUCAGUAACAACAAAUUGGGGCAGCCUCGUGGCCCUACCGGAGCAGCCACUGUUGAAGAAGCAGGUGAGCGUGACGGGCCAGAUGCCGAAAGGACGCCCAGUUUUGCCGCAGAAAAAACACCCAGCUUUACCGCGGAAAAGAGUGACUAUAUUACAAGUAGCCGCGAUCACUCUGUUAGCGGAUGUGAGCUUGAAACACUCCAUUCCAUAGCUGCAGAACGAAACAUAGCGGUAGGUCGCAUUAUAGAAUGGAACCCACACCUGAGUCGUUACGGAGUGGAUGAUCCCUUGCCACCAAAUCUUCCUAUAGUGUUGCCGAUGCCAGUGGAGCAGGUUUUGUGA